CCUUCCUCCUGCGCUGGUCUUCAAUCCGAGUCUCUGGCUGCUGUCCCUGCUCCUGAUGCUGAUGAGAAAAGUGAGACGAAGCUACAGGUAACUGCUAUGCCACUCUCCAGAGAGAGCCAGAACAUCUCCAGCUGCAGCAAUGAUGAGUACCUGUCUAUGGGCCACUGCUGCAAGUUAUGUCCUGCAGGUAUGUUUGUCCAGGAGCACUGCCAGAUACCCCACACCCAAGGACAAUGUGAGAACUGUUACCAAGGGAUGUUCACAGAGGCUCCUAAUGGCCUAGAGUCUUGUAGGCCUUGCUCCAGGUGUCGUGAAGACCAGAAAAUCAUAGCCAAUUGCUCUGCCACCAGUGACCAGAAAUGCCAGUGCCAACCUCAGCUUUACUGCAAUGACCCAAAUUUCCCAGAAACCUGCCUCCCACUUAGCAAGUGUCCCCAGGGAGUCCCUGUCCUCCAGAAAUACAACUCCACAGCAAACACAACCUCAAAUCACAGAAACCGGCUAUUACUACUGACAGCACUAAUUCCAAUCUUGAUAAUUGCUGGUGUAUCUACUUACAAGUACCUAAGAGAAUAAAGGUUCUACAGGUGUUGUCUUAGUUGCUGUCUUAUUGCUGUGAAGAGACACCGUGACAAGGCAACUCUUUUUUGGUUUGCUUGUUUGUUUGUUUCUCGAGACAAGGUUUCUCUGUGUAACAGAGCCCUGGCUGUCUUGUACUGGCUUUGUAGACCAGGCUGCCUCAAACUCACAGAGAUCCAGACCAAGGCGGCUCUUAUGAAGGGAAACAUUUAAUUGGGAUUGGUUUACCGUUUCAGAGAUUUAGUCCAUUAUCAUCACUGUGGGAAGCAUGGCAGCCUGCAGGCAGACAUGGUCAUGCUGGAGAAGGAGCUGAGAGUUCUACAUCAUGAUCCACAGGCACGGGGCAUAGCUGGAGCGUAGGACCUCAAAGCCUGCCUCCACAGAGACACGCUUUCUCCAACAAAGCCACACUUACUCCAAAAAGGCCCCAACUCCUAACAGUGCUACUUCCUAUGGGCCAAGCAGGGACAGUUUAGAUUAAGGCAAGUCCUUGGUGUCAGAUCCAAAAUAAACUCAGGAAAAAUGGUUACCUGUGGUGCCUGUUAGCAUACCAAAGAGCUUGCUGGCCUCCAGGCUCACUCAGUGCCUGUGGCUCCUCUCACCCCACCACUUACCCUAAAGUUCUCCAGCUCAUGCACUUCCCUUCCUCAGUUUCUCAUUCCUAUAUAACCGUGCCAUUUUGGCCAUGUGCUUCCUCGGGUCUCCAUCUCUUGACAUUCUCUUGUACCCGCUCUCUCUUGGUCCUUUCUUUUUCUCCCUCUUCCCACCCUUCCUCUCAAGACCUGGUCCAGUCUACUGGCCAUGUUUAGUCUACUACUUUCUCUCUCUGCUCUGGAUUCUUCCAAAUGUCUCUCUCUGUACUAUCCUUUAUAUCUACAAUAAAAACCUUCUCCCUAACCAUAAUUGGAAUGGUCAUAUCCUCACCUUAUGCAUCUGGUGCCCCGAAACCCAGGAGGAGC